UCCAUCCUGCUGCUGCCGCCGCCGUUGGCUUAGAGGACACAUCAUCUCCCCUUGAGGUCCUGCAUCCCUCUUCUGCUUCGUCCUCUCUUCUCUCUACCAGCACUUUCUCAAUCUCUCGUUCACCCCCGCCCCAGGAAGGCUCACCAUGGCUGUUGAAAGGAUCCAUGCCCGUGAGAUCCUGGACUCUCGUGGGAACCCCACUGUUGAGGUGGACUUGUACACACACAAAGGCAUGUUUCGCGCGGCGGUGCCCAGCGGCGCAUCCACUGGCAUCUACGAAGCCCUGGAGCUGCGAGACAAUGACAAGUCACGUUUCCUGGGAAAAGGGGUCCUGCAGGCCGUGGAUCACAUCAACAGCACUGUCGCCCCAGCUCUCGUGGGCUCUGGCCUCUCUGUCGUGGAUCAAGAGAAGAUAGACAACCUGAUGCUCGAGAUGGAUGGCACAGAGAACAAAUCCAAGUUUGGUGCCAAUGCCAUCCUGGGAGUGUCGCUGGCUGUGUGCAAGGCAGGAGCUGCUGAGAAGGAGGUCCCCCUGUACCGGCACAUUGCUGACCUGGCUGGCAACUCAGACCUCAUUCUUCCUGUGCCAGCUUUCAACGUGAUCAACGGAGGUUCCCACGCGGGCAACAAGCUGGCCAUGCAGGAGUUCAUGAUCCUGCCCGUGGGGGCGGAAAGCUUCCGCGAUGCCAUGCGCAUUGGGGCUGAAGUCUACCACAACCUCAAGAGUGUCAUCAAGGAGAAGUACGGCAAAGAUGCUACCAAUGUGGGGGAUGAGGGAGGCUUUGCCCCCAACAUACUGGAAAACAGUGAAGCUCUGGAGCUCCUCAAGGAGGCCAUUGACAAGGCAGGCUACACAGACAAGAUUGUCAUCGGCAUGGAUGUGGCAGCCUCCGAGUUCUACCGCGACGGCAAAUACGACCUGGACUUCAAGUCCCCAGAUGACCCAAGCCGCUACAUUUCUGCAGAUGAGCUGGGGGACCUCUACCAAAGCUUUGUACGUGACUACCCAGUGGUCUCCAUUGAGGAUCCCUUUGAUCAAGAUGACUGGGAGGCCUGGACCAAGUUCACAGCCAAUGUGGGCAUCCAGAUAGUGGGAGAUGACCUGACGGUGACAAACCCCAAGCGCAUCGAGCGAGCUGUUGAAGAGAAGGCCUGCAACUGCCUCCUGCUCAAAGUCAACCAGAUUGGAUCUGUCACAGAAGCCAUUCAAGCCUGUAAGUUGGCCCAGGAGAAUGGCUGGGGUGUGAUGGUAAGCCACCGGUCUGGGGAGACUGAAGACACCUUCAUUGCUGAUCUGGUUGUAGGACUGUGCACUGGGCAGAUCAAGACGGGUGCUCCCUGCAGGUCUGAACGCCUGGCUAAGUACAACCAGCUCAUGAGGAUUGAAGAAGAGCUUGGAGAUGAAGCACGCUUUGCGGGACACAACUUCCGCAACCCAAGUGUUCUUUGAACGUUGUUCCCAAAGCACAGCCACCCUGCUGCUCUUUUCCACCUCACAGACUCUGAAGCUCUCUUCCCUCCACUGCUCCUUUUUUUGCUCUUUCUCCCUCCUCCAUCACCCAGUCCCACUCAUACCUCAAACUCCCUUAAGUACAAGCAUCCCCAGCUAGGUGUACCCGGGGGAAGGAUGAAAGCGAGGCCCAGACCCUGUCCCUUGCUUUGGAGUCCUGAGCAUUUCUGGAUCUAGGCAUUGCUGUCUCUUUGGUUCCUGUCCAGGCCGUACCUGAGCCACUGUCUGCCCCUCAGCCACGGGGAGCCUGCUGCCCAGGGUGCUUCCCUCAUUGGGUGCAGUGCCCGGGUGUGUGUCAGCCGCUGCGUUUGGCCCUGCAGCCGUGGCCAGCUGAGCGUGGCCAGUGGCUCACCCUCCUCGUGCAUGUGUGUAGGUGUCUGUGUACUGGCCUGUGGCAUCCUUCUGCCCCUAGACGUGUGUUUGCACUGAGCCCUGGUGCGACCUGACUGUCCCCUCCUGCACUCCCAGUGCUGUACUGUGUUGGGCCAUGCUUGCCAGCAGCUUAGCGUCCAAGCCCACCACUGCCCCUUGCUGGGGAGGGGGCUGUGUGUUGUCAGGCCCCAGGUCAGCAUACAGGACUGUGGGGCAAUGUAUUGAAACACAUCCAUACACCAACCCACGCUCUUCAUUUGCUUCUAGUGAUCUUUUUCUCUCUGUUCUCUUGCCUCUCACACUGCUUCACCUUCUCCUCCACCUAUAAUGUCUGCUUCACCUUCUGCACAGCCCAUGCUCAGCUGACCAACAGACAAACUACAGAUCCCUGAACUCCAUUAAAAUGUAUUUCACACCUGA